GCCUCUGCUGUGUAUUCUAGUUGCUCAGUAAAUCACCUGUCGUCAUUGCUUUUAUUCUGCUUUUCCAGUAAGCUCUUCUUGGGCACAACGCACGGCCGUGCACGUCACUGACAUCGCAUUCUUGUCUAUUGUUAAUACUUUUGAGUCACUACUGUCGUCUAUGCCAGGACGUGCCAAAUAUUAGAAAGGGGAAGUUUCUGAGAUGAUGGAUUGGUGAACCCGGAGGUUAAUAAGCGUGGAUCGUCACGCCGGGUUAAAUAAGGACUAAACAGACACUCAAAUAGUACCCAAUCACAGCGCUCGUUGGAUAACACAUGCUAGGCUGACUUGGCCAAAAUAUUUAGCAGUCAUAGAAUAAACGGACAGGUGUCUUCGGGGGAACUUGUGUCAACUGAUUGACGAACGGAAAAUUGGAUUGAUCAUGGUUUGAUAUCGGAGGAUGGGAAAGUUGAAAACUCUCAAGAUGGUUGUGUCAUGCUUUGCAAAACCGAGAUAUGAAGGACUUGAGUAUUCAGGACAAGACGUCAACCAAGAUGGCGUUGGUCGAGCGCGUCGAAAGAGUGCCCCAAGCACUGGGAUUCAGAUGACCACAGAUGCAUCGGGCCAACAGUCAAAAUUUUCGGGUAUUUUCCCCAAGCGAAUGAAAAUUGCUCUUAAGCGGACCAAGAGCGUCGGGAAGUUUGACAAACACGCUACGUUGAAAGAAGAGGACGAAGAAUCGGACAUGACGUCCCCUCAUUCCAUCAAGCCCUCCCACUCCCACGAGUCUCUCCUCCUUGGGCCUCAGACGUCCUUAGACGUCUUCGAUCUCUCGGCCAAUGACCUGGUCAUCCUGCCACUACACAGCAGCAUCUUGGGCCAGGACCACUGCUUCCAGAUCACCAACUCGCUGGGCAAGAAGUACUACUCGUGUCGCUCGGCCAGCGAACGAGAUAAAUGGAUGGAAAGCAUUCGCAGCGCCGUUCACCCGGAGAAGGACAACAAACGACGGAAGGACAGCGUCCUGAGACUGUGGGUGGUGGAGGGCAAAAAUGUACCACUCAAGAGAAAGUACUACUGUGAGAUUUGUCUGGAUGAUACGCUCUACGCCAGAACCACCGCCAAGUCCAGAGGUGACAUGGUCUUCUGGGGCGAACAGUUCCUUUUCACAUGUCUUCCAGAAGCUAAAAGCGUCAAGGUUCAUUUGUACAAAGAACCGGACAAGAAGAAAAGAAGGGACAAAAACUACAUAGGGGUCGUUUCCAUUCCGCUGGACCCAAUCAGCAAUCGGGCAACGAUCGAGAAAUGGUAUCCCUUGACCAACACCUCUACAAAAGGUGACACGCCUAGUCUACGAAUCAAAGCAAGAUAUCAGAGCAUCAGUAUUCUACCCAUAGCACAGUACUCAGAACUUGCACAGUACUUGAAAGAGAACGCCGUCAGCUUGUGUCAACUCAUUGAGCAGCAGAUUAACGUCAAAACAAAAGAGGAGAUUGCAACGUCGCUGAUUAAAGUACUCCAUUGCCUCGGCUUGGCCAGCGAGUUUCUGGUGGAGUUGGUCAUGACGGAGACAAGAACAAUGAAUGAUGAGAGCCUGGUUUUCAGAGCCAACACCAUGGCAACCAAGUCCAUGGAGGCAUACAUGAAGCUGAUCGGUGGAAAGUACUUACAAGACACCAUUGGUGACUUUGUCCACACAAUAUAUGAAAAUGAGGAGGAUUGUGAGGUGGAUCCUACCAAGGUCUCUAGUAGUAUCCUACUCCAGCAGCACCAAGCCACACUGACCAUGCUGUGUGAGAUGGCCUGCUGUAAGAUUGUCAACUCGGCGGCUGCGUUUCCCUCUGAGCUCCGCGCCGUCUUCAACUCCUUCUCGCAGCACAGUCAGAAUCAGCCCAACGGCCAGGUCAUCUGUGAGAAGCUUAUCAGUGGCUGUAUCUUCCUGAGAUUCCUGUGCCCUGCCAUCAUGUCGCCCAGUCUCUUUGAUUUGAUUCAGGAGUAUCCCAGCGAGAAGACGUCACGUUGCCUCACCCUCAUUGCCAAGACGGUCCAGGGUCUUGCCAACUUCACAAAGUUUGGAACCAAAGAAAGCUACAUGGUCUUCAUGAACGAGUUCUUGGAGCGAGAAUGGUGCAACAUGAAGACGUUCCUUCAAGAAAUAUCGAGCACUCCAGACAAGGCCAACACGGUGAAGUUCAACGGCUACACAGACCUGGGCAAGGAGUUGUCGCUGCUUCAUAGCUUACUGGUUGAAACGUUGGAUGACUGUGAAAAGCUGUCAGAGGACAAGGUUGGCCCCUUGAAGAGCAUCUUAGCUCGCAUCACAUCCUACAGCAAACUACCUGAGGGAACAAUACCCUACAGCUCCUCCAACUUCAUCCAGAUGGUUCAAGGCUCAUCCAGCACAACAGUUACCAUGACGUCCACGGCUACGUCUCCCAUGGGCAAAAAGAGUCUGAAUAAGAUCUUCGACGAUGCCAAGUUGUCCGACUCGACAGAUGUAGAGAUGCUGCCACCGUAUAACAUUGCCAUGGAGCGGUCUAUCACAUCAUCAACGGUGAACAACCUGGUGGAUUUCAUCCAGCAGGAUAAUACGAACUUGACCAAUGGGAAGACAGAACUCAGCACGGCUGUUUUCGAGAUUGGCAACACCCAGACUGACGCUACCCAGAUCGAAUCGAGUACGACAGUAGAGCAGGUCCGAACGACGACAGAAUAUGAGGAGAGGAUUAUGGAGGAGUUGGAAGGAGACAUGGUGGUCUCCAUGACAUCAGAGACCAAAAAAUCUGUCAAUCAGUCGUAUUCAGUCAGUCUGGAAAGAAGUGUUGCCGCCAAUCCAGCAAUUAGUACUAACGAAACAAACAGAACCACGCUUGCCAUAGAUAGAAAUGCAGGCGGGGAUGCACGGGGCAAACGGAGGAACAGAACAUUACCGCUAUCCUUCCAAAAUCCAGCCUACCUACUCUCUAAGAAAUCCUUGCGACACUUGGAAGUUGGGGCUUCGGACAGUGUCAGUUCCUCCAACAGCAGUCCUAGCAACUCAGACGGGGCUUCAUCCAACCACGAUGGGGAUGUGUCUCAAAAUAGCUCCUCCUGUGGAGGUGUGUCUCCGCCCAUGAAUAGGAAGACAGCAUCGUCAAAAGGACCCUCGUCAUCCGCGAAGGUAGACAUUAUGGCACACACGCUACCCAAAGCUGCUCACCGCUCACACAACAUCACCUCUGUUGAUCUCUACCCGAAAGUCGACAGGCAAAUCGGGGAGAGCCAGAGUAGCAGUGCGAUCAAUGCCAAUGUGACUAAACCUCAGAUCAACAGUAGCUACAGCAGUACUUCUCUCUUCGACCCUGCCCGGACUCAGCCAAGCGUCACAUCUCCCACGGAAGCAAUUCGUGCUAUGAAUAAUGCUGCCAAGGCGGCGUUCUUUUCAUCAGUGAUUGCUCCUGGACGGGAGUCCCCGAACCCCUCCUCCCAAGGCAUCAGAAGCCCCACCUCCAGUGGCGGUCUCAAGCAACGCUCCCAAGCCAUCCUUCACAUAAACAAUGACAAUCACCAACCCUCGUUUGCCGUCACAUUCACCAAUCCCAAACCGGAAUCCCAAACUGCUCACCUAGGCCACACCCACCCUGAGCAUAUCUCAAGCUCCUCCCCUUCAAUAUCCCCGCCCACAAGCUCCCCGACCUCUGUUUCCUCAGAAGACCUUCCCGCUAGGACGCUAGUCAGGACAGAAGCUGUUAUCCAGACUGGAACCUCCGCACCCCAAUCCACUCAGUCAACUGAAUCUGUCACGUUUACAACUCAACGUUUCAUGUCCUCCCAGACCAUCUUGCCAACCUCCCCUUGUAGACCAAAGCAUUUAAACCCAGACGCAAGUCCCACGUCCCGCACCCCUCUCAUGGGUACCACGAACCUUGAAAAGAACCUUACCCCAAGGAGCGCGACCCGCUACCCAACCACCCCUGUCCUACCCAGUACUGCCAGUAUCUCUUUCAGCAUCUCCAACCUUACCCCGUCAAUGAGUGCCAUCACAAGUCCCACUAGUCCUUCCUCGCUUCCACUCCCUCGCAAGAAAAUCAUGACUCAGUUUGCCUCCAAGCCAAGGAUCUGCCAGUCGGAGAGCUCCUCCUCCAGCAGUUCUCUCAACAAACCGACGGAGAACUCAGAACUUUCCAUCCAAAUCGGCAAGAAGAUACGAUCGUUGUCGCUGCAGCACAACUUCACAUCCAAGCCGAUCGUAACAUCACCUCCAGGACCUGUCUGGACCAGAAGAAUGAAGGAUCCAUCGUCCAUAGACAGAGAAACACAGACAGAAGUGUAUUCCUUGGAGAUCCAGAUCCUGAAAGACGAGUUGGAGAAGGUGACGUUGCAACUUGAGGAGACGCAGUUGAAGUUGGAAGAGGAAGAGGUCCGAGCUGACAAGGCCAUCGCCGAGAUGAAAGUGGAGCUAGACAGCAGCCAGACAGAGCUGAGGAAACAACACGAAGACAAGGACAAACAGAUCAAAGAUAUCAUCACAAGACUUGUCACCGUCGAGGAAGAACUCAAGAAGGAGCAAGAGGAGAUGGUCGCCGUGGUUUCCGCCAAGCAGAAAAUCAUCGAGGCCCAAGAGAAGCGCAUAGAGUCCCUGGACGCGGCCAACGUCCGUCUCAUGAGGGCGCUAGACCAGUUGAAGGAACGCUACCAGUUGACGCGGCGGUCAAAGUCUUCCUCUGACAUACGGACCACCGCAAAGCUGACCCCAUUGAAAGGCAGUAUGAAAUCCACCAAUUGCUGAAGGGUUAGGGUUCAAAGUUCACAGGUCAUCCUUGUACUAAAAAAUCAAAUUACUCAAGUUGAACACUGCUCUUUACCCAUGAUGAACAAAUUUUGUAUCAGACAGCUUUUCCGGUAAAAAUUUUGGGAAAUUUGCGAAUCUCAUCUUUUGGUUUCAGUGUGGAUUGAAGUUUUAUAUAUAUGUUGACUGGAUUUGAAAUUGCAGGCUUGAUCUUCAGAUGUUUAUUUCUCAAUGAUAACAAAAAUAAUUGUUUUUAUCUUAGUCACCUUUCUUCAGAUGUAUUUGGAUUUAGUUAGUCAAUUACAAAGACGAUAGUUAAUGAUAAUUUAUCAAAGUGGUUACAAUUAUU